UUAAUAAAAAAUAUAUAAAAACUAUCAUUUUAUUCUUUCCAAUCAAACAAAAGAAAAAAAAAUUAGCAUUCCAUCAAUCUUUUCUGUUGUCCCUCUUAUUUAACCAAACAAAAAAAAAAACAAAAAUGAAGGAAGCACUUUCCUUCCUUUAGGAUGAUUAUUCCAUCCCUCGGAGCAUUAGUUUUUCUUUUUGCUUUUUAAAAACGACAUAAUCAUUUCUCAGUUGGCAGCUCAGAGGUCUGGAAGCAAACAGCGAAAGUAGUGUGGCGGUGGCUAUGUCAAACGGCGUAGACCUUCCAGUAGAGCUGCUGGUUGACAUACUCUAUCGACUCCCCGCAAAGUCUCUCGGCCGAUUUAAAUGCGUAGCCAAGUCAUGGUAUUCUCUAAUCUCAAACCCUAAUUUCGCCAAAACACACCUUGAUCGAAACAAUACCACCACACCCGAGAGUGUCCUCCUCAUUUCUGACUAUCUUUACUCCGUAGACUGCACUAAAGCCUCCAUUAACGACUCUCUACUGGCAACGAAGCUUGGUCUAGGUUUGCCACGGAUUGAAAACCCUCACGAGUUUGAAAUAUUGGGUUCUUGCAACGGUCUGGUUUUAUUUAUGACUGAAGUUACCAUGCUUUUGUUGAAUCCACUGACCAUGGAAUCCCAGACGAUACCUGAAUCCCCUUUUAAUUCCGACUCAUUUGAUACUUACACCCUGUACGGACUUGGGUACGAUUCAUCCGCAGAUGAUUACAAGGUUUUGACAAUUGAUUUCAGAGAAGAUGUUGAUUAUGUCGAGGAGGAGGAGGAGGACUACGACGAAGAUGAACCCUUUUGUAAUCGUGCAAUUGUAAGGGUGUAUUCGCUGAAAACUGAUUCUUGGAGGAGGAUUCAUGAUGUCCCUCAUUCUCAUUCUCGUCUGGCGCCUUGUUCUUCUUCGUUGGUUCUUGUAAGUGGGUGUCUACAUUGGUUCAUUUUCAGGUCUGCCACUUAUUUGAUUGCUGCUUUUGAUGUAGCAGAUGAGAAAUUCGGUGCUGUGCAGAUGCCUAGCUCACUUGACGACAGUAAGUUUAAUUUGAGUUACUGCAGUUUGGGAGUUUUGGGAGGGUGUCUCUGUUUACUUGUACCUCAUCAGACUACGGGAACCACCACCGAUAUUUGGGUGAUGAAGGAGUAUGGAGUGACUGAGUCUUGGACCAAAUUUACCAGUGUCCGUGCACUUGAUAUGUACAUGAUGAAAUUCUUAUGUUUUGUGGAUGGGGAGGUUAUUUUUGAAGUUGAUGGACAUAAUAAAUUUGUUGCCUUCAAUGCUAAAGAAAAAACACGGAGAGAUAUAGUGGUGUGUGGCAUUCCAACUAUGUAUGAAGCAGGGCAGACCUAUGUGGAAAGCCUCGUCUCACCCCAUCACUGUGAAGGUGACACUCAGGACGGGGAAAGUCAUCUUGGCAGUUUUCAUUUUGAGGCACAGAAUGCUAACAACCAAUCCUGUCCCAGUGGUUCAACAAGUGUCCCAUCUUCUGAAAAUUGUGAGUCAUUGCAUUAUAAUGGGACAGGCUCAGUUGUCGCUACCGUUCAAGUUGUUUCCUUGGAUCCUGCUAUAAUGGAAAUUCAAUUGCAUGGCCUAGCAAAUUUAUCAAAAUAAACCUUCAAGAUAAGCUCUGAGACGAGAAAAGAUUUUUGCUUCGUGACGCUUGAGCUAAAGAAGUACGAGUUUAAUGCUGCCCCUUGGUGUUAGCCCUUUAUUGAUUGGAAACUCGUUGGUCCCUGCUUUAAACCGUUUGGAGCUUUGCUAAUAUAUAUAUAUAUAUAUAUAUAUAUAUAUAUAUAUAUAUAUAUAUAUAUAUUGUCAGCUUUAUUUUUUGUUUCCAGAUUUUAUAUAUAUAUAUAUUGUCAGCUUUAUUUUUUGUUUCUA